UUAGGUUAGGUUAGGUUAGGUUAGAUCGGGUGGUGGGUGGCGCAUCGAAAGGAGCGUCUUUGAUCGUGAUCGUGGACAGUCGAGUAAAUGUAACUUCGUGGUCGCUGUCGUUCGCGCAUCGUGAAUAUCGCGACGUGAUGCGGAACACAAACGGAAAGUCACAUCGGUCGCAUCGCCGUGCAGCGAUUCCCUUCGGUCGUUCCUGAAUUACCGUCUCGCGUGUGAACGGCACCUACAACGUCACGUCACGUCGCGUCGUUCGCGGUCGUUCGGUAACCUCCACGCGCCGAGGCAAAUGGAGACAAACAUGGCUCGGCCGAUCGUGUGUUUUUCUUUGGCACGGUGAAAUCUCUGGCCGACUCGGGAGCUUCUUGAGGUGUCGGGAGCGACGGCGUUGGCCGCACGAAGGAAUCGUGCGAGCGAGGAACGAUGAUUCGAUCGAGAGGGAAGUAAAGAUUUGCCGUCAUCCUGGCGCGCGACAAAUCGGGUCAAAGGCCCGGAUCCUCGUCCUCCUCGUCCUCGUCAACGGAGAGGCUGCAAAAGAUGCCCGGACCGUCGACGCAAGAGAGACCCCGAGCUCAUCGGCUCACCGACAUCGAGCCACAGACGGCGAAGGGGCUGGGAUGUAGUCGAGCGGACGAUUUCAGCACACCCGUUAGUUCUGGCAGCAACAUGAGCAGCAUCGCGCGCUUCCCGAAACUUGACGAGUGCGCUCAUUUUCACUACGAGCACGUCGAGCUCGGUACUCUGGAGGUGUCCGUCAACGAUGGCUCCAACGACUCGGUAACGGAGAGUUACGCCGUUAGAAUAACGUCCGGAGAUGCGUGCUGGACACUGCAGAGAUCCUACGACAAUUUCGUAAUGUUCGACAAGCAACUGCAUCGUUGCAUAUUCGAUAGAAAAUUCUCCUCCCUAACGAAGCUUCCAGAUGUACGGCCAAAAAACGCCUGUGAUAUACUGAAGGACUACCUGAGCCGAUUCUCGCAAUUGAAUCACGAAGGCCUGAACUGCGGCCCGGUGUUGAAUUGGCUGCAGCUCGACAACAGAGGAAGAAGGAUCCUCGUCCCCGAGUCGGACUCUUGUCCUAUAAAUACUCCGGCCGUCGCCGCGGCGUACGCCGUAAGACCUUAUACCGCCCAAGCGCAGGAUGAGAUUUCCUUCCAGGUAGGCGACAUGAUAUCCGUCAUCGACAUGCCUCCUCCGGGGGAGAGCACGUGGUGGCGUGGGAAGCACGGAUUCGCGGUUGGAUUCUUUCCAGCCGAAUGCGUCGCCGUGAUCGGCGACAAGGUGCCGCGUCACCUGACUGUUUCGACAACGGUCAGAUCGAGAUUACCGGUAAAGCCCGUGUUGCGAAAGCACGGCAAGUUGAUCGCAUUCUUCAGAUCCUUCAUACUGAACCGACCCUCCAGAAGGAGGUUGAAGCAAUCGGGCAUAUUACGGGAGCGCGUGUUUGGUUGCGAUUUGGGGGAACAUCUGCUGAAUUCCGGUCAAGAUGUGCCGACCGUCCUGACGUGCUGCGCGGAGUUCAUAGAAAAAUAUGGUCUAGUCGACGGUAUAUAUCGUCUUAGCGGCGUAACGUCCAAUAUACAGAAAUUGCGGAACGCCUUCGACGAGGAUCGGGUCCCGGCGUUGCACUCCGACGAGAGUAUUCUGCAGGAUAUACACUCCGUGGCGUCACUGUUGAAAAUGUACUUCAGAGAGUUGCCGAAUCCAUUGUGCACGUACCAGCUUUACUCGACCUUUGUUAGUGCGGUACAAGCUAGCACCGACGCCGAAAGAUUGAGACGUAUGAGAGACGCGGUUAGAAAGUUACCGCCACCUCACUAUAGAACACUCGAGUAUCUGAUGCGUCAUCUGGUGAAGGUAGCUGCUCGCGGCACGGAAACGGGUAUGACUCCACGCAACGUGGCCAUCGUAUGGGCGCCCAACCUCUUGAGAUGCAAAGAGCUGGAAGUGGGCGGUGUAGCGGCGCUUCAGGGUGUCGGGGUGCAAGCGGUCGUGACGGAAUUUCUAGUCUGCUACGCUGAGCUCAUAUUCGGCGACGGUCCGGUCGGUAGGCCGAAGUCUCUGGCGAUCACCACAUCCGCGCGAUUGCUCACUCUGGAGGAGGCGCGCAACAGAAGUCUCCGGGGUGAGCCUGAUUACAUAGAGGUUGGGGCGGGUCCAGCUGGAUUGCCGCUGCGUUAUCACACGGUCAUCGAGCUGCCGCGCAAGAGAAACGGCUCCAAACGAUCGCCCUCGCUCAAUUGGCGAGCGUUGUUCGGCAGAGGUGCUUUGGGUGCCAUGGGCAAGACGAGACAGAUCGGCACGCCGCCGCAAGCGGAAACGGUGCCGAACUCUUUGAACUCUCUGCGACGGCUGAGACCUGUCAAGAGCGCCGACAGUCUGGACGGCGAGGAUAGCUUGGGCCCGCUCUUGGGACCGCCGCCUACAAGAACCUGCGGUCACAGUAGAUCUGUCUCGCACGACUCUUACUUCGAUCAUUUGGCAGACGCGCCUAGCGCAUCGUCGCCGUUGGAUCUCUCGGAGAUACAGCUCAAUUUCGAUUUGGAGGAGAGAGAAAUGAGGAUGUUCUCGGAGGAGGAAGGCGGCGGAGUGGCAUCCGUAGAAGCGUCGCCGCGUCGACAGAGAACCGACGGGAAUCAGUGUACCACCGUUACCGGCGGAUCCAAGAGGAAACGAUCUCGCUUAGAGGAAAGACUGCAGUGCGAUGUCGAGCUGCGUUUCAUAGACAGCCAAAGUCCAGAUCAGGUUAUGGUGGCGACAAACGCGGAUAUUCACAGCAUCGACACGCCGUCUCCGUUACCAACGCCGGGCUACUUGCCGUUAUUGUCAGAAGCCUCUACCCCGCUUACUCCCGCUACGUUGCAAGCCACGUCUCACUCUCCUUCGCCGGUACCAGCUAACAGUCCUAGAAUAAGCUUCCGAAGUUUCACUUUGCCGUUGGAAAUUGACGAUGAGCGCAGCAGCAGCAGCAGCAACAACAACGCGAAUAAGUUGACGGAGACCAGCGCGUCUUCUGAAAAGUCCCCGAACCCCGCUAGCCAUAGAUUGUCCAUUAAUUUAGAAGAACGGGACAGAGGAAUAGAGUCCUGCGAGGGAAUCUCAACAUACGACGGAGAAUUGCACGAUAGAAAACGCACGAUUACCACCGCUUCGCUCUCAGACGCUGAAAGUCAGACCGGGAGUCAAUUGAGCACGGUCGCCGCAGUUUUCAACGACGCCGAGAUGAUACCGUGCGACAGCAGAUUGUCCACCGCUCGCAGAGAUAAAUCGGAGUCGAGCGGAGUCGUUUGCGAAGACACCGCGCGGGACAGGUUGAGCUUGCGCUCCGCGACAGAGAUCUCGUCGGUCAAGUCGUAUGACGGUAAGGGAGUCACAAGCGGCGCGAAGGGACGCGACGAGACCAUAGACUCGCAGAACAAUCUCAGCGCGGUACGAGAGGCCAGUGCGCCGAGAUUGCCGUUGUCCAACACGACCGAUCUCGACUCUCCGAUGUCGUGCGAGCAGACUCUCCAGGAGCUCCAGGAGUCUGGCUUUGUAAUUUGUGAUAGUACCGACAAAGUGUUCACCAAUACGGAAACGCCGCGUGUGAUAGGCAACACCAACGAUUCCGGGGACUGGGUGAUUAUCGGAAGAACAACCGGCUCCCUGGCAUCGCCGAUUAGCGAGCCGACUAGUCCUAAUGAUACCUUCUUGGAGAGCGGCAUAAAUCCAGCUAUAAAUGUGACGCAGUUACGACCGAUAACGUCGGAUAACGUCUCCGGAGCGUCUCUGGAUCUAGCGUUGACUCCUCCCACCGUGGAUGCGUUCCGCAUCGGCGUGGGUGGUGGUGAUCCUAUGGAAAAUCGCGCGUCACGGCGGGAAAGCGAAGAAAUGAUGCUCGAUGUCGCGGACAUGAAGUCUGCGAGUCACGAGCAGGAAAAUCACGAGGAGGAAGAGACCGAUCGCGCGCAAACGGCUUUCGAUCUCGAGGACGAGCGUAAUCUCGUGGACGAUCUUGAAGACGAGUCGCACGCCCGACUGCGUGAUCGCGAGAACGGUAAUCGGUACUCGUGCGACACAACGACCGCGGAUAUCAAUUCGAGUCAGGAGACCAACAAUCUCACGAGGGAACAGCAGAUCCGCGCGUGCUACGCCGAGGCGGAUAACGCGAAUGUGUUUGGUAGAAAUCAGAACGAGGCGUGCGAGAAGAAGGAGGUGUUUAGGGAAACCUUCGAGAAUUAUCAUCGUCUGUCGCGCGAUACGAACGUACGGCGGGCGAAUCAUCCGAGAUUGUCCGGUAAAACCGAAGAGGACAAGGAGACGAGGCGUGUCACAACGUCACAACGGGAUGACCGUGAUAACAAGGAGCGUUGUUCUAACGGCCUGUCGGAAAAGUGCCAAAGUUUCGGAUACAACAAUACGCAGAAAACACAGCAGACUGAUUCGCAGCAGCAACGCAAAUGCACCCCUUCCAAACGUAGCGACACGAGCGAGAGUCACAACAAGUGCGUCAACUUGCAGGCUAACCAGAUGGCGAGUAACGUCGAGAUGAAGAUCCCUUCGGAGAACGCGGCUGAGCCUUGCGAGGUUGCGCACGUUCCGGAGGGAGGAGCGUCCGAGACGACGGAACGGACGAUAGACACCUCGAGCGCAUUCUCGAACGUCUCGUCGCCGACGAGCGCCGACGACGAGGCGAUCGUUUUACGGGACACCGCUACCAUCUUGCAAGAAUUGGCUUUGCAGAGAUUAUCCGGUGGCGCCGUGGCGGACCUGUCCGUGACGUCCAGCAGGCGCAGAUAUGAGAACGAGACGAGCAGAGAUAGGAGAAGCUUCGACUCGGAGAUCGGCCGGGAGAUCGUUCGGGAGAGGAAGAUGAGGCAGGAGCUGGAUUGCGCGAGGGGCAAGUCUGAGGAGCCGACGCAACAUUUGCCGCCUUGUCUGCGAGCACGUCACGCGAGGGCGACCCGCGCGGCGCUCAGUCGAUCCUUGGACGAGGCCAAGUUCAAUCGUAUGACAGGCGAGAUCGCGUUGUCGGUGAAGCCGUCGUCGUCCGAGGACGCGCAGCACUGCUCCACGCCUAACGUCGGCAGCGGUUCCGCCGCAUGCUCCAACGCCUCCGAAAAGAUUCAGCUGAAGAACCUCGGUGGCCUAGACUUGGGAGACCCGCAGUGUAGAGAAAGAAUCGAAAAGUACAAAGAAGAGAGGAGGACGUUCUUGAGGGACAAGUAUCGAUCGGAGAGCUUUCGUGGAAUUUCAUCCAAGACGGAGGACGAUGGCGAGCAGGCGUUGUUAAACAGGUUGAAACAGAGAGCUUCGAGACCUUCUCUUCAUUGAUCGAGAGAGAAAGAGAGAGAGAGAGAGAGAGAGAGAGAGAGAGAGAGAGAGAGAGAGAGAGAGAGAGAGAGAGAGAGUGAGUCCGGUCCUCCUCUUAAAUUUAAUCUCGACAGUAGUAGUAUAAAUAAAAGCCGCAACAGUUAAUGCGUAAUCGGUGAUAAUUAGCAUCUAGUGUCCAUUUUAGAGAGAGUGCAAUUAUUAGAGUUGUCGAAUUUAAUCGACCGACCAAAUUCCGCAAUCUUUUUCUCUAACGCAACGUUAUCUUCUCUCGUUUUGGAAAGUAGCGGAAGUAGCAGAAACGAAGUAUGGAUACGUAUAUGUGUGUGUGUGUGUGUAUGUGUGUGUAUGUAUGUAUUCAAAUGAGAACAAAAGAAUUCGCGUUAUUUUGAAUCACGUGACAUAUGCUUCGUAUAUUUUUCACUGAACUUACAUUUUGUCGCAGAUGCGUGCUAACUUAUCGGCUUAUUUGUACUACUCACGAAUCGGAUAUUGUAACGUCCGAUGACGUACUAUUUAUGUAAUUCUCCACCAAACGCUUUUACUUGAUCCACUAAACUGCUUUUACUUGAGUCUCAUCGGUGCCACCACAAAUCGUAAUUCGUGAAUGAUACGUGAGAGUGGAUUACAACGAGAAUGGUAGAACAAGUAGUCUCUAGGUCUAUGGCUCAUCUUCGUCCCGCCUAUCGCCAUCAUUAACUAGCUUGAAUUGUAUGAACGUUUUAUAAAGUUCGUUAUUAAUUUAUUAGUGACUUGA